AUGUCCAAAGAUCUAAGCAACGUCAAGGCCCUGACCUUCGACGUCUUCGGGACGGUCGUAGACUGGCGCUCUUCCGUCACGGACGAACUCACGUCCCGCGCAUCCGCCAAAGCCAUUUCAGAAACACUGAGCCCUGCAGAGAAAGACAAACUUGCCGCGGUAGACUGGCCCACGUUCGCCCAGGAGUGGCGAAACUCAUACAAGAACUUCGUUCACAGCUACGUCCCCGGCCAGACGGCGUGGAAGGACAUUGACGCGCACCACCAUGACAGCCUCGUCGAGCUCCUCCAUGAAAACCGCCUCGAGGGUGUAUGGUCCGAGGACGAGAUCCGCGACUUGAGCCUGGUAUGGCACCGUCUGCGCCCCUGGCCUGAUUCCGCGGCCGGGCUGCAACGUCUGGGGAGCAAGUUCGUGACAGCGACCUUAUCGAACGGCAACCGGACGCUUUUGGAUGAUCUGGAUUCGUUUGGCGGGCUGGGGUUCAGGAAGAUUCUGUCUGGAGAGGAUUGGAAGGCGUACAAGCCGAACCCGGUUGUGUACGACGGCGCCGUGGAGGCGUUGCUGGGUAAGGGUGGUGAGAAGGGGGACGUUGCGAUGGUGGCGGCGCAUUUGGGUGAUUUGUACGCGGCAAGGGGGAGAGGCAUGAGGACUGUCUAUGUUGAGAGGGCGAGGGAGGAGGAUUGGGAGGUUGGGAGUCAGAAGUAUGAGGAUGCGAAGGGGUGGGUUGAUGUUUGGGUGAAGGUGGAUGAAGGUGGGUUUGAGGAGGUUGCGAGGAGAUUGGGGGUCUGA